UGGUGACCUUUGAGGAUGUGGCUGUGAACUUCAGCAAUGAGGAGUGGACUUUGCUGACUCCAUCCCAAAAGAAGCUCUACAGAGAUGUGAUGGGCGAAACCUUUAGGAGCAUGACUCUGAUAGGUGGACUUGGGGAUAUCCAGGAAGCUGAAAAAGAAGGCAAAAUUUAUUGGAGCUACUUAAGAAAUGACAAGCUAGGGAAAUCUUAUGGACAUACAUCUUGGAAUCAGUGUAAAGAAGUGUUCCUUGGUACUGCAGAAAGUAAUGUGAAUGUGAAAGAAACAAAAACACAUGACAAUGUUCAGAUCCAUGAAAAAUAUUGCAGUGGAGGGAAACCCUAUGUAUGCAAGCAAUGCGGGAAAGGUUUUACCACACAUGGGAUUUGUAAGAAACAUGAAAGAAUUCACAGAGGAGAAAGACCCUACAUAUGUAAUCAGUGUGGGAAAGCUUUUACAACACGUACAUAUUGUCAAGUACAUGACAGUCUUCACUCUGGAGAAAAACGUUAUGAGUGUAAGCACUGUGAGAAAGCUUUCAGCACAUGUACUUAUUGUGGAAUUCAUGAAAAACUUCACGCUGGGUGGAAAUCGCAUAUAUGUAAGAAAUGUGGGAAAGCUUUUAGCAGUAAAAUUCAUUUUCAAAUACAAGAAAAUAUUCACACUGGAGAGAAACACUAUGUGUGUAAGCAAUGUGCAAAAGGUUUUAUCCAACCUGGAAAUUGUAAGGAACAGGAAAGAAUUCACACUGGAGAGAAACCCUAUGUAUGUCAGGAAUGUGGGAAAGCUUUUACCACACCUGGACGUUGUAAGGAACAUGAAAGAAUUCACACUGUAGAGAAAGCAUAUGUAUGUAAUCAAUGUGGGAAAGCUUUUAAAACACAGGGAGACUGUAAGAAACAUGAAAGAAUUCACACUGGAGAGAAAGCAUAUGUAUGUAAACAAUGUGGGAAAGCUUUUAAAACACAGGGAGAUUGUAAGAAACAUGAAAGAAUUCACACUGGAGACAAACCAUAUGCAUGUAAGCAAUGUGGGAAAGCUUUUAGCAGACGUGAAAACUGUAAGUUUCAUGAAAGAAUUCACACUGGAGAGAAACCAUAUGUAUGUCAGCACUGUGGUAAAGGAUUCACUACUCCUGGACAUUGUAAGCAACAUGAACGCAUUCACACUGGAGAGAAACCAUAUGUAUGUCAGCAAUGUGGUAAAGGAUUCACUAGUUCUGGAUAUUGUAAGCGACAUGUACGCAUCCACAUGGGAGAGAAACCAUAUGUAUGUAAGCAAUGUGGGAAAGCUUUUAACACUUGGGGAGACUGUAAGAAACAUGAAAGAAUUCACACGGGAGAGAAACCCUAUGUGUGUCAGCAAUGUGGGAAAGCUUUUAACACACGUACAAAUUGUAAGGUUCAUGAAAGAAUUCACACUGGAGAGAAACCAUAUGUGUGUAAGCAAUGUGGGAAAGCUUUUACCAGACAUGCAAAUUGUAAGGAACAUGAAAGAAUUCACACAGAAGAGAAACCAUAUGUGUGUAAGAAAUGUGGGAAAGCUUUUAAAACAUGUGCAUAUUUUAAGGUUCAUGAAAGAAUUCACACUGGAGAGAAACCAUAUGUAUGUAAGCAAUGUGGGAAAGCUUUUACCAGACAUGCAAAUUGUAAGAAACAUGAAAGAAUUCACACAAAAGAGAAACCAUAUGUGUGUAAGAAAUGUGGGAAAGCUUUUAAAACAUGUGCAUAUUUUAAGGUUCAUGAAAGAAUUCACUAUGGAGAGAAACCAUAUGUAUGUGAGCAAUGUGGGAAAGCGUUUACCAGACAUGCAAGCUGUAAGGAACAUGAAAGAAUUCAUACAGGUGAGAAACCAUAUGUGUGUAAGCAAUGUGGGAAAGCUUUUAAAGCACGUGCAUAUUUUAAGGUUCAUGAAAGAAUUCACACUGGAGAGAAACCAUAUGGAUGUAAGCAGUGUGGGAAUGCUUUUAGCACAUGGGGAAAUUGUAAGAAACAUGAAAGAAUUCACACUGGAGAGAAACUCUAUGUAUGUAAGUAAUGUGGGAAAGCUUUUAAAAUGCAGUGAGAUUGUAAGAAACAUGAAAGAAUUGACACUGGAGAGAAACGCUAUUUAUGUAAGCAAUGUGGGAAAGACUUUACCAAUUCUGGACAUUGUAAGCAACGUGAAAGAAUUCACACUGGAGAGAAACCAUAUGUAUGUAAGCAAUGUGGGAAAGUUAUUACCCAUCAUGGGCAUUGUAAGCAACAUGAAAGUUCACACUCAACAUAAAACCAGUGUAUGUAAGAAUCAUGAGAAUGGUUUGAGCACACGUAUAUAUUGCAUAAUGUAUGAAAAUCUUCACACUGGGCAGAAAACUUAUAUAUGUUAGGAAUGUGCAGAAGGUUUCAGCAGAAAUGCUCAUUGUCCAAUACAUUAUAAAAUUUAGACUGUUGAGAAACCCUGUGUAUGUGAAGAAUGUGGGAAAGCUUUCACCAAACAUGGAUAUUGUAAAAUACAUCCAUGACUUCACACUGGUGGAAAACCCUAUGUAUAUAACAGUGUGGCAAAGCUUUUACCACAUACAGUCAUUGCAAAACACAUGAAAGAAUUCAACUGGGUACUUCCCGGAG